UAAUUUUUUAGAUUUGGUAGACAUGUAUCCGUUUUAUCCUCAAAUUGGGAGAACAUUCCAAACCCAGUAUAAAUGUUUUUCUGUUUCGAUGAUGCCCGGAACAGAGCGCCCUGAAGUAGAAGAGGGAGGAAAAAUUAUCUUACCACCUACGGCAUUAGAGCUUCUCUCUCGGCUGAAUAUUGAUUAUCCAAUGUUAUUUAAGCUGCAGAACAAGCGAAAAAGUCGUGUCACCAAUUGUGGCGUGCUAGAAUUUAUCGCUGAGGAAGGAAAAUGUUACAUUCCUUAUUGGAUGAUGAAAAAUCUUCUUUUAGAGGAAGGUGAAAUCGUUGAUAUUGAAUCAGUCUCAUUGCCCUCGGCGACUUUUGGAAAAUUUCAACCACAGAGUGCUGAUUUCCUGGAUAUCACGAAUCCUAAAGCAGUGCUUGAAAAUAGCUUGCGAAAUUUUUCGUGCCUAACUUGUAAUGACGUUAUUGCGAUUCACUACAAUGAUCGUGUUUAUGAAUUGCUUGUUGUCGCUGUCGAACCUCCGCCAGCUGUUUGUAUUAUCAAAUGUGACAUGAACGUUGACUUUGAAAAGCCUGUUGGUUACGAAGAGCCUAAGGUAAUGACGCGCGAACAAAAAGAGGAAAGAAACGAGCAGGAAAGAAUUGAUGCUAUCAAGAAAGCGGAACAGGCUAAACUUUUUCACGCUUUUCAAGGGAGAGGAAAUCGAUUGGACGGAGAAAAAAAGAACACCGAAGCAAAUCCAAAGUUGUUAGACCCGUCGAAGGUCAUAGAAAAGGGACUGCCAAACUACGAUUACAAGCCGGGAAAGAUCACGUUCAUACGAUCUAAGCUGGCUGGUGGAACGGAAGAUGCAAGUAACAACGAGUCUGCAGAGGUUUCGGACUUCACUCCAUUUCAAGGAGCGGGUGUCUCUCUGAGAACAACAAAGAAACGUAAAAAGUGAAAACGAGCAGAUAAAACUAAAUGUAAAACUAAAAUUUAUGUGAGACUGCGUCCAAUUUUCGACAAUUUUUUUCAGAAGUUAAAGUAGCAAAAGAAUGCCAGCAUAACUGAGGGUACAAUCUAAAUUAAUCAAGAUUAUAUUAUCUCCAACGAAGCAGAAGUAAUUUCUUUUUUUUACUGCUACCAGGUUUUGUUAUUACGCGCUAUAAAACACUAGUCGAUCGUAAUAUUUUAUUGUCAGAUUGGUUGAUAUUGGUUGGCAUCUUUUGGGUUCAUCGUCGCUUCGUCAGAAAUCAAAGUCGAUGUGUGUAACUUGUAGUUUGUCACUUAAUGAAUGGCUUUUGAGAAGGGGGACCCUUUUGAUAAUUAUGUCUCUGUUAAACAAAUAGCCAAUGGCGAAAUAUCAAAGGUUUUGGCAAAAGCCUACAAAUAGCAGUUUUUCCUGGAUAUCCUAUACCAACUCGGAUACACUUCUAAUGACCGUCAGUUUUGUUUGAGAGAAAUUUUGUUUUGAAGCUCAAAACGUGUUUUUGUGCAAGGAAGUCAUCGAAAAUACUAAUCGCUUGGUGCUUAUUUUUGGCCAAAAGUUCCAAGACUUUUUUGUCGACUUAGACAACUUAUGUAUUUUCAGCACACCACGAACCUGUACUAAUGAUUCGUUCUUAAUUCAAUCUACAACCCUCAAUGAAGGUUACUUUGAAGUUUAAUGCUAUUUAAAGCAUUCAAAUUGCGCCCCUCGGGUGCAGUGGCAAUGCUCAGUAAAACAGAACCAGUGACUGUCCCAUUGAUAGAGAUCAGGUUCCCAGACUGCUUUUUGUAUCCAUUUUUAAAUCUCAUCUUUUAUAGGCUUUACGUUUUGCAAGGUCAACAGGGCAGCAUUUUGAAAGGGGAAGCUAAACUGAAAAAACGAUCGGAAGCCGACGUUUACAACGUGUCACUUUUCUCAUGGGGCAGUCCUUGUUGGACCCAACCUGUCAACAGGACCAUGAUGUACUAUCGCAGCGAAGAAGAGGGGAUUGUUUUUCAUAAAGACACUGCCGAUACUUUUCAUUGUUUUGGUUUUUCAAUGAGACGCGGAGAGCCCAAAAGAGUGGAAAGUGUGGAGCCCUAUGUCUUGCGUACAUCUUAUCUUACUAACAAAUGCAGUAGUGGUGGACAAGAAAUAUACACCAUAAAUCUACUUCAAGGAUGAAACUUUGACGUAAGGUCAUGCAGGCGUGCGCACCACCCUCUCUACCUUAAGUGUUUUUUCAGUAACAAUGAGCACACAUCCCAGCGAAAUUGACUGGAUGAGCAGGGCAGCCGAAGAUGAUAUCGCUUGAAAGUUAGCCUUUCGGGUGCAACUUUAAUGCUCAGACAAAACUGGACAAGAUAACGAAGCAACUCAGAUAAAGUUUUUCUUUUGGUUUACAAUUAAACCAGUUGAAAAUUUUUUAAUGAGGCCAUCUUCAAUAAUGAGGCAAUUAUUAAAUCAUCUAUCAUGGCGACUGUAUAG